UCUGCAGUGUGUUGGUAAGGACACAGCAAAAUGUACAUGCUUCAAGUCUGCAGUGCUCUGCUUCUGUGUUGCGUCACAUACACAGUAUGCUAUGACUACAAGACGGUGCUUGGUGACUCUCUGCUGUUCUACGAGGCUCAGAGGUCCGGCAAGCUUCCUUCAGAUCAAAGAGUGACAUGGAGGAAAGACUCGGCACUCAACGACAAAGGCAAUAAUGGAGAGGACUUGACUGGAGGUUACUACGAUGCUGGUGACUUCGUGAAGUUCGGGUUCCCGAUGGCUUACACCAUCACGGUGCUUUCUUGGGGUGUCAUCGAUUACGAGGAUGUGUACUCGUCCACCAAUAACUUGAAGUACGCCCAGCAGGCAAUCAAGUGGGGCACAGACUACUUCUUGAAGGCUCACGUGAGCGAGAACGAGUUCUAUGGCCAGGUGGGGGAAGGAAACUCCGACCACGCUUACUGGGGACGCCCUGAGGACAUGACAAUGGCACGCCCGGCUUACAAGAUCACCACUUCGGCACCAGGCUCUGACCUGGCCGGAGAGACGGCAGCCGCCUUGGCAGCAGCGUCUAUCGUGUUCAAGACAGUUAACUCCAGUUACUCCGCCACCUUGCUGACCCACGCCAAGCAACUGUUCAACUUUGCCAACACCCACCGAGGCAUCUACUCCCAGUCCAUAUCUGAUGCUGCAAGCUUCUACAGCUCCAGUUCCUACGCGGAUGAGCUGGUGUGGGCCGCAGUGUGGCUCUACAAGGCCACCAAGGACAGCACCUACCUCACCCAGGCCGAGAGCCUGUACCAGGAAGGAAACCUCCAGAAUUCCAAUGGUGGUUUCGACUGGGACACGAAAACAUCCGGUGUGGAGAUACUGAUGUCCCAAAUAAGCAGUAACACCAUCCACAAGACCAAGGCCAAGAGCUACUUGGAUUAUAUGGUCAACAACCAGCAGAAGACUCCCAAAGGACUUCUGUACAUCGACCAGUGGGGCACCCUUCGUCAUGCCACCAACGUUGCGUUCCUGCUUCUUCAGGCUGUUAAACUUGGGAUUGGUGACUCGACCUACACGAAAAUGGCCAAAUCGCAAGUAGACUACGCGCUUGGAAGCACAGGUUCCAGCUUUGUCAUCGGUUACGGAAGCAAUUAUCCAACUCACGCCCAGCACCGCUCCAGCUCGUGCCCUGAUGCCCCCGCCACCUGCGACUGGAACACGUACAACGGCCAACAGGCCAACGCGCACGUCCUCUACGGCGGCAUGGUUGGCGGACCUGACAGCAAUGACGGCUACACUGACGUGCGGUCUGACUACGUGCACAACGAGGUGGCCUGCGACUACAAUGCAGCCUUCCAAGGUUGCCUGGCUGCUCUCAUCAAGCUCGGGGUCUGAGCCGGAACUUGCCUAACCCUCCUAAAUAAAUUAAUAAAUGCUAGAAGAUA